UUCUACUCUCCAAUACCUCACAACCUUCAAGCAGAGAACCCCUCUAGUGCCCCUAAAACUGACCAUAGAUCUUGGUGGUGAGUUAUUCUGGGUUGACUGCAAGAAAGACUUUGUCUCCUCCACCUACAAGCCUUCCCGCUGCCACUCCGCCCAAUGCUCUCUUGCAAACUCCAAGUCUUGUCACGACUGCAACUCGCCUCCGGUGAGACCAGGCUGCAACAAUAAUACCUGCGUCCUCAUGCCAGCCAACACAAUAAUUAGGUAAGGAGGCAAUUUUAAUCAGCUAGGUCUAGACCGCCUGGCCCUCCACUCCACAGAUGGGUCACAACCUGGACGACUAGUUUCCCACCCCAACUUUCUUUUCGUUUGUGGCGAAACAUUUCUCUUGACACAACUAGCCAAUGGCGUCACCGGUAUGGCUGGUCUCGGCAGGGCUAAAAUCGGGCUUCCAUCCCAAUUCGCCUCCGCUUUUAGUUUCCAUAGAAAAUUUGCUUUUUGCUUGAGCUCCUCAACCAGUUCAAAUGGUGUCGUUUUCUACGGGAACGGGCCUUAUGUGCUGAAUCACAACGUUUUGUCGGAGUCGCUUGUUUACACUCCAUUGCUCCUCUACCAUUACUCCACCGGACCCGCUUACAUGGAAGGCCAAGCUUCUUCAGACUAUUUCAUUAACGUAAAGUCCAUCAAAAUCAACGACGAGACCGUGCCGUUAAACACUUCCUUGCUAGUCAUUAAAGAAUACGGCUACGGAGGCACAAAGAUUAGCACCGUCAACCCUUACACGGUGUUGGAGAACACAAUCUACACCGCGUUUGUGGAUUUGUUUCUCAAAGAAGUCCCUGCUCACAUUCCUAGGGUUGCACCAGUGGAGCCUUUCGGAGCUUGCUUCAACUCAACCCGCAUCGGAAGGACACGUGUCGGGCCAGCUGUGCCUACCGUCGACUUUGUGCUGCAGAGUGGGAGUGUAUACUGGAGGUUCUUGGGAGCAAACUCAAUGGUGCAAGUGAACGAGGAGGUUUUGUGUUUAGGGUUUGUGGAUGCUGGGUUGAGCCCUAGUAACCCAAUGACCUCAAUUGUGAUCGGAGGGCUUCAGUUAGAGGAAAAUUUUUUGCAGUUUGAUUUGGCUGCGUCUAGGCUUGGGUUCUGUAACUCGCUCUUGUCUGGACCGACAACUUGUGCUGAUUUCAACUUCACAUCUAUUGCUUAGAGACAAAGAGAACGCCAAAAUUAUUCGUGUCUUUGCCAGUG